AUGACUACAUGGAAGAACGGCUUGGAUUGCUGCACGUGGGACGGUCUCGCCUGUGACAAUGUAACGGGUAACGUUAUCGGCCUCGAUCUUUCAUUCAGCUGUCUUGAGGGGACCCUUCGUUCUAACAGUUCACUCUUUGCACUUCACCAUCUUCAGAGCCUCAACCUUGCUGAGAACAAUUUCCGUACCUCACCCAUUUUGCCUGAACUGAGUCUGUUUACUGAACUGAAUCACCUCGAUCUCUCUAGGUCCAAUUUUUCAGGUCUAGUUCCUGUUGAAAUUUCUUACCUUUCUAAACUUGUUUUACUUGAUCUCUCUUUUAACUUGGGUCUUCAGAUCGAAAAUACUGGUUUCAAAAGGCUUGUUCAGAAUUUCACAGAGUUGAGGGAACUUAACCUUGAUUACAUAGACAUGUCUGCUGUUUCGCCUAGUUCCUUCGUGAAUUUAUCAUCCUCCUUGACGUAUUUCAGUAUGUAUUGGUGCUAUUUACGAGGGGAACUUCCGCCCAACAUUUUUAGCUUGCCAAACCUCCUUCAUCUCAGUUUGGAUUUUAAUUUUAUCAAGAUUUCUUUUCCGAAGUCCAACUGGAGCAAGUCUCUUGAAUCCUUGACCCUCUCGGAUGCAAGCAUCUCGGGCAAAAUACCUGAUUCAAUCGGUGAAUCCAAGAAUUUAAAAACUCUAUAUCUCAGUUACUGCACAUUGACAGGAUCGAUUCCCUCAUCGCUUGUGAACUUAACAAAAUUAACCAGGUUGGACUUUUCGCACAGCGAAUUAACUGGUCAUAUCCCGUCAUUUGUUGGAAAGCUUGCACGGCUUAUAUAUUUAGACCUUUCUUUUAACAACUUUACUGGUGUUUUAGACUUGGGAGUCCUUUCGACACUGAAAAAUCUGCAAGUCCUUCGUCUUACAGUAGAGUUAAAUCUAGCUUACCACAGUACGAAUGACACAUUUCCAAAACUUGAGACUUUGGCCUUGCCUUCCUGCAACUUGACCAAGUUUCCUAUUUUUCUUAAGUCUUUAAAAAGGAUAACAGAAUUAGAUCUCUCCAAAAACAAGAUUGGCGGUGAGAUCCCGAGAUGGUUUUGGGAUGUAGGGGAAGGUAGACUACUGGUUCUUGAUAUUUCUAGUAACCUUAUUGAGGGAGGCAUACAACAAUUUCCUUGGAAAGAGUUGACCAUUGUUGACCUUAGUGACAACUUAUUCCAGGGCCCGCUUCCAAUUCCACCACUCUCUAUACUCCUCUUUUGGGCUAGCGAAAACGGCUUCAGCGGAGAGAUUCCAUCUUCCAUUUGCGAAUUAAGCUCCCCUGAAAUUCUACUCUUGGCUCGUAACAAUCUCUCCGGCUCUAUUCCACAAUGUUUGGGAAAUUUAACCAACCUCUUUGCACUUGACUUGAGUGCCAAUCAGCUUGAAGGGACAUUACCGCGAUUUUUAGACAAUUGUGCACUGUUAUUUGUGCUAAACGUCGGUUUCAACAAAAUCAACGAUACUUUUCCCAAGUGGUUGCUAGAAGCCCCCUCAUUGGAGAGCAUCGAUCUACAGUUCAAUGAAUUCCAUGGCCAAAUCGAUCUUCCAGCUGCUCCAUUUCUUCCCUCUAGGCUUAAUAGUUUUUCCAUAUCUAACAAUAAUUUGGGGGGUCAAUGGCCCGAGGAAUAUUUUCUCCAUCGGUUGAAUAUGUGGAAAGUUGAUCUAUCCAACAAUAGAUUUGAAGGUCCUCUUCCAAUUCCACCACCCGCCACUCAAUUUUAUUCCAUUGCAAACAACAAGAUUGGUGGAAAGGUUUCCUCUUUGAUAUGCAAUGCCACUGAGCUCAUAGUCGUUGACUUGUCCAAUAAUAGUUUGAUGGGCACCUUGCCAGAGUGCUUGAUGAGCUUUAGCAAAUAUCUCUCGGUGCUCAACCUCCGGAUGAACAUGAUUCAGGGUGUGAUCCCCAUAAAAUUUGCUAAGGGCAGCAAUUUAAGGACUAUUGACUUUAGUCGGAAUCGAUUUGAAGGGACAUUGCCACGGUCCUUAGUACAUUGUGACGAGUUGGAAGUUUUGGAUCUCGGCAACAAUGGAUUGAAGGAUACGUUCCCUGAUUGGUUGGGAACCCUUCCCAAGCUACAAGUUCUUGUUUUGAGGUCCAACAUGUUCCACGGCUUCGUCAGUAGUCCUAGAGCAGCUCCCCCAUUUUCUGAAUUGCGCAUUUUCGACCUGUCCAACAACAAUCUGAGCGGUCCUUUACCCGUUAGAUAUAUUAUGAAGUUCACUGCCAUGAUGAAUCGGGAUAAUGGACAGGGCAAGCUGCAGUAUAUGGGAGGAGAUGGUUAUGAAGAUUCAGUCACGGUGACCAUAAAAGGACUGGAGAUACAAUUGGUGAAAAUUCUAACUGUUUUCACGAGUAUCGACUUAUCGAGCAACCAUUUUGGUGGGGAGCUUCCGGUGGAUAUAGGAAACCUAAAGUCACUCAAAGGGCUAAACUUUUCCCACAACAAUCUCACUGGCUAUAUCCCUCGAUCUAUCGGGAACUUGACUGAACUCGAAUGGCUAGACCUCUCUUCAAACAAGUUCAGUGGAAGGAUUCCUCGAGAACUAGCAGAUUUGACGUCUCUUGAAAUCUUGAACCUCUCAGAGAAUCAGCUCAUCGGACCUAUUCCUCUGGGAAGGCAAUUCAACACAUUUAAGAGUGACUCGUUUGUUGGGAAUCCCGGAUUAUGCGGAUUUCCAUUGCCAGGGACAUGCACAAACAAUUCACGAGAAAUUCCGCCGUUAACCAUCCUCGAGGGAAAUGAUACAGAGCAUGGAGGCUGGUUUGAGUGGAGAGCCAUAUUGAUGGGUUAUGGGUGUGGAAUCGUAGCUGGAGUCUCUCUAGGAUAUAUCGUUCUCGAAUCCAAAAAAUUUGGAUGGCUCGCGGGAUUGCUUGAAAGGAAAGGAGCUAAUAUGAGAAAGAAGCGGAGGAGGAAUGCUCGUAGAUCUUAUUAA